AUAAGGAUUGAACAAUGUUGGCUUUCUGGUUUCGCAACGUUUGACAGCUCACCUAACCAUGGAUCCGCCCAACCGGACCCACUUGCUCACCGUUCUCACUGACUGCACUAACCAUGGCACUGUUUUCGCGUUUCGUUUCAUUUUCUUUCAUCGUAUGCACUUUUUCUUUUCUUGCGCAGAAACUAACCCUUCCCGUCAGUGACUUUUCUGAGUAUACCGCCCCAGUGGACGUUGCCCUGUGGACGCAGACCGUUUCUGGCGUCCCCUGCUCCGGAAGCGAUCUCUUUUCUUUUGACCAAUCUGAGGAGUUCUCGGAGAUGGCCCGAAACUUCUUCUCUCUCCCCAAGGAUGAUGAGCAGUCCAUCUCGUCCAGCAUGGGCGACAGCGCGUACAUGAGCCAGCCUGACACUGGCAAGCGCCACAAGAAUGACAAAGCUGCUUUUCAAGUUCCUCAGGACACCAGGAGCCACAUUAUGGAGCCUUUUGUCUACUCCCCAACCCUUAGCACUGGCAGCCAUGGAACUUUCCAAGGAUCCCAGCCGGACCUUAGCCACGUCAUGCUGCCUCCGGCAGUUAGCUCUGACAUGUCAGAGUUUGCUAACUACAGCCACGCUCAGACCAUGUCCCCAACUGAUUUCAGCUUCCGUCAGCCCAUGUUGAGCGGUCAGUCAAGCUGGGCUAACACUGAGAUGCCCAGCUACAGCACGCCCUUCGCUGCCAGCUCUGUCGAGGCACCUUUCAUGUCUCAGCGUCAGAGCAGCUAUCCGAGCCGUGCGGUUCAGCCUUUCUUCGCCUCAUACUCGUAUGGCAUCGACAGCAUGAUCAGCAACUCCUGCGCGGAAGAGAGCAGGAUGCGCACCAAGAGGGUCGACUUUGAGCAGCCCACCGCCGCUCCCUCUGCAGUCCAGAGGCCCCUCAUGCAGCGUCAGGCAUCGACUGAGUCGAGGGCUCGCUCCGAUGUCAUGUCCCCUGCCUCUACCGUCAUGACCGCACCCUUCUCCAUGUUCCAGGGCGGCUCCGAGUACGAAGGCGAGGGCCAGAGCUACAUGCAAAUGACUGGCUCUGACAGCUUCCUUGACAACACUGCCAGCGACAUCCUCAACAGCAGCACCAUGACUGCCGAGGAGGACGAUGAGGAGAACCGGUCGAGCGAGGAGGCCGAGGUCAAGCUGGCCCGCACCCACCCGCUCUACCAAGCCACUACCCGUGACGAUGAUGACAUGUACCACUGCCCUUACGAGGGCCAGGCCAACUGCAUGCACCGCCCCACCAAGCUCAAGUGCAACUACGACAAGUACGUUGACUCGCACCUGAAGCCUUUCCGCUGCAAGAACACCGCCUGCAUCAACGUCGAGUUCUCCUCGACCGCCUGCCUGCUGCGCCACGAGCGUGAGGCCCACGGCAUGCACGGUCACGGCUCCAAGCCUCACCUUUGCGCCUACCCUGACUGCGAGCGUGCCAUCCCUGGCAACGGCUUCCCGCGUCGCUACAACCUGUACGACCACAUGAAGCGCGUGCACGACUACACCAGCCCCGCUCAGGAACCUGGCUCGCCCAAGGGUGGUGCUCAGGCCAAGCGUCCUGCCAGCCGCAAGCGCAAGUCUGCAGGCUCUGCCGAGCAGACCAACGACAAGCGCCAGAAGACCACGGCUGCGCAGACCAAGCAGGCCAACCUCGCCCGUCAGAAGCAGGACCUCGAGAGGGAGCGUCUUCGCAACGACUGGGCUGAGCGCAUGGCGAUGCUGCAGCACCGUCUCAAGGGCUUGGACGAGCCCAAGGACAUUGAGGGCCACCAGCAGAUUAUUGACGAUGCUGCUGCCCUCCAGAAGAUUGUCCUCCAGCUGACUGACAUGGGCUGAAUGAAGAAUUCACUUGUGGAAUCUCAACUUCGAGAAUAAUCAACAAACAACACUUUCCUAGGACUCCGGGCAAACUCCAGGAAUGCAUGGCAAGUACCAUGCGCUUUCUUUUAAACUACCAACUUCCAUUCUUCCCGACGGACUCUGAGAUGGAAUGGACUAUUUUCGCCAUUGCU